CACAGAAAAAAAAACCCAAAAGAAGCAAAUAAUUAAGAAACUCUCUCUCCCUCGUGCGCCAGACUGACAAAGACUUCAGAGCCAAAAACCAGAAAAAAGAGAUAGAGAGAGAGAGAGAGAGAUCCAUUGAGAGAGCUUUUCAAUGGCGGCUGGAGGAGGAUCAUCGUCGGGACGAACUCCGACGUGGAAGGAGAGGGAGAACAACAAGAAGAGGGAGAGGAGGAGAAGAGCCAUCACGGCUAAGAUUUACUCUGGUCUUAGGGCUCAAGGUAACUAUAAGCUUCCUAAGCACUGCGACAACAACGAGGUCCUUAAAGCUCUUUGUCUCGAAGCUGGUUGGAUUGUUGAAGAUGAUGGCACCACUUAUCGCAAGGGUUUUAAGCCACCGGCGUCGGAAAUUUCAGGAACUCCGACAAACUUGAGCACAAAUUCUUCAAUCCAACCAAGCCCACAAUCAUCUGCAUUUCCAAGUCCAGCACCUUCUUACCAUGGAAGUCCUGUCUCAUCCUCUUUCCCGAGCCCAUCUAGACACGACGGAAACCCUUCCUCGUAUCUUCUCCUCCCUUUCCUACAAAACAUCGCUUCCUCGAUCCCUGCAAACCUCCCACCUCUCAGAAUAUCCAACAGUGCGCCUGUAACUCCACCUUUAUCCUCUCCUACCUCUCGAGGUUCAAAGCGGAAACUCACUUCAGAGCAGCUACCAAAUGGCGGGUCUCUACACGCUUUAAGACAUCCGCUUUUCGCCAUCUCGGCUCCUUCAAGCCCUACCCGCCGUGGUGGUCACCAAACACCACCUACAAUACCGGAAUGUGACGAGUCCGAGGAGGAUUCGAUCGAGGAUUCAGGAAGGUGGAUCAAUUUCCAAUCUACAGCUCCUACUUCACCAACAUUCAAUCUUGUUCACCAGACAUCUAUGGCCAUUGAUAUGAAAAGAUCAGACUGGGGUUUGUCAGGAUUGAAUGGGAGAGGUUCUGAGUUUGAGUUCGAGAAUGGAACUGUUAAGCCAUGGGAAGGCGAGAUGAUUCAUGAAGUUGGAGUAGAAGAUCUUGAGCUCACUCUUGGCGGCACUAAAACCCGAUGCUGAUAAUCCGAUAGAAGUCAGUUUUUUUUAAAAGAUGGGUCUCCUUGUGAUCAUAACAGAGCAAAUCAUCGGCACUGUACAGGAGCUCGCGUGGCCGAGGGAGGUCAAGGCAGGUCGCAAAGGGUCGAACCUUCGAAAGACCGUUACAUUCUUCGUUUAUACUUAAAUUUUCUUCUGUGAUGCUCUAAUGUUAUUGGAGGUAUAGUAUGUGUGUUUUGGUCACAGGACAAAGAAUGGGUUUUGGAGAAAAAAAAGCAAAUUUGUAGAGACUAAAAUUAGUGUAUCGAAGCUAUUUGCGGAUAUAGUAAUAUCCAAAUUGCUUAACAGAUUUUUUUUUUUUUUUCUGAAUUAUUGUGAUUAGUUUAGAGUUUGUUGUGUUGUGUUGUGGUGUGUAGAGUUGGGUAAAAAGAAGUGCUUUUAAAUAAAACGAAACCUCCACGAGCGGAGGAUAAUGGACCCCUACACAUGUGCUCUCUCUUUUGCUGGGAC